AUGGCGUCCGUGAUCCUCCGGGCGGCUGCUCGCGCCGCCAGCUCAGCUGAGUGGGCCGCAUCUCGCUGUGCGGCGGCGGCGGCGGCCUCAGAUCCGCUAAUGUGCGCUUCCUCCGUUGCUGCAGCGGCGACCGCCCGGAACCCCGCGUCAUCUGGUAGCGUUCAUCCCCCCAUCGCCGCACGGCACCCUCGGAGCAGGCUCUCUCACGGCAGUGGAUCCACCAUCGCCCCAUUACCACCACGCUUCGUCAAGCCAGAUUGGGCGAUAUUUGAGGCAGAUGACAAGGACCUCGAGUCAGAUCAGAUGAAGCCCUAUGGGCCCUGUACGAGCGCUGGUGCAAGCUUUUUAACCAGGAGCGUGACCGCGACGAGAUGGCUCGCCGGUUCACCUCCUUCAAGGAGACUGUGCUGUGUGUGGGGGAAAACAAGAAAUCUGAUCUGCCUUACAGACUUGGGAUUAACCAGUUUGCCGAUGGGAAGCUAG